AUGGCUGUACCUGGAUGUGCACAGCCCCGCCUGUGGAACAGGACCAUGGCACUGCUGCUCCUCAUCGUGGCUCUGGCCACCGGCCUCCCGUGCCGACACCUGCGGACCCACGAUCCAGGGGAUGCCCUCCAGCUUCUGCGGGACAUGGCUCCAAGCAUGACAGAGCCCUGCAAUCUCCAGAAGGCACCCUUCUUCCCCGACACCCUCCUCCACAACAGCCUCCAGCCGCACCAAGCCGCCGCCACCGCUCUACACAUCCUGCAGCACCUCUUCCGCGUCCUCAGUGGAAGCAGCAGCAGCCAGCCCUGGCCCAGCCAGCCUCGCAACCAGCUCCUCAACAAACUGCAGCACCACAUCCACCACCUCGAGCAAUGCCUUCCUGACAACACCAGGCCCUUCAAAGCACCACGCAACCCGUUGCUCGCUAUCAGCAAGUACUUCAGGGACAUCCACCUCUUCCUGCAAGCCCACAACCACAGCGCCUGCGCCUGGGACCACGUCCGCCUCGAAGCUCUUGUCUGCUUCCAACACGUGGACAGAUUCACACGGAGAAUGAAGCACCAAGCUGCUCUGGACCCCACUAAACCCACGGACAGCAAACGCCCAUCCCCAGCCAGCACCAGUGGCCACGGAUUGAGUGGUGAUGGCAGCAGCCCAGGCUGGGAUCGCUUGGUAGCAGUCACACCUCUCGCGAAUGAUGAGGUGAUGGGGAAAGGGGUAUGACCGUGGGGACACUGGGGUCAGUCUGUGGCACAGCCCAUGCGCAAACCGCAGCCACUGGAGAGGAAGGAAGAGGACAUUUCUGUGCUACACACUCAUGGACAGCUGUGAAGCACUGGGGAUAUGGAUGGUAAUUAUUACCUGUGGACUUAUUGUAUUCAUCCACCUGAUGAAUGGCAAGGGGAUCAUGGACACUGGGGAACUACUGUGGGACUCUAAUUCCAAUCACCAUUUAUCACAGAAUUCUGUUUACUUACUUAUUUAAUCAAUUCAUUAACUUAUUUAUUUAUUUAUUUACUUGGCUGGCCAUUUAUUUAUUUAUUUAUUCUUUUGUUAGAAAUAAAGUCUUUUUGUAAAACUUGAAAAGAACGAAAAAGCAAACCUGUGGUAAUUGCGCUUCAUGCUUAUACCUGACAUGCAAAGACACAGACCCCUCAGGCUGUGAGGGGAUAGGUCUCCCUUCUACAGCCCAUCUUGCCAAUGCCUCCUGCCUGGGUUGAAAGCUAUGGACAGCAGAUCCUUCUCAGGGAGUGGUGGUCCUGCAGCCCCCAGGCAUCUCUUACAGCCAGACCACUGGGGCACCCAUUUGCCCCAAAUGGCAUGAUGCCUGUCCUGCACACUUCCUCCUUUUACAACACCACACUCCCUUCCAGAUCCUCCAAUAAUGCCAAGACAUGAAAGCUACCUCCAGACUGUCAUAUCACCACAAACGACCAUUCUGCAAUGCCAGAGCACUGCUUUGCAAGAAACAGGGUGGCAUAGGCAAGGUGCACCUCAAAGAAUCAAGGAGGGGACUCAUAAAGGUCUGCAGAGAUUUGGACAAGGAACAGAACCCCAGCGCUACCAACUCCACUCAAGAAACACCAAAAAGACACAAAACCCACAGGAGAUGUCCAGAACUGCUCACUGCUCUGCUACGGCCACCACAAUUGGUCCAGGAUGGUCCUGCCUGUGCUUACAUCCCAGUGGCUAUGGGGACCUGCUGCAGUACACAGAGCACAUUAUCCUCUGUUCUUCUUUACUCCAACACAUCAUUAGCAAGCAGAGAGAUCCAUCACCCAAACACCCCCACUCAACAUGGUCCAACCCAACCAGCACAGCAUUCCUCAUUACGGAAAAUGCCCUCACAUCACCAGCAUCAGCUGCUCCUUCAAACUCCAACCAUCAGCCCAGAAGUAUCUCCCCAGGUCAGCAGAUCUGGCCUCCUCCUGCAUGGGACAAAGAGGUUGUUUCCUCUGCUCAAACAACCUCCACCACUGCAAGGACACUGCUCCAUGCAAACACAAAUGAUCACCUCCCAUUUAGCUGAAAGAAGAAAAGAAGAGCACCAAAUACAGAAUCACAGAAUCACUAAGGUUGGAAAAUACCUUCAAGAUCACCAAGCCCAGCCUUUGACCAAAUACCAUUACGCCAUAUCAUGAAGAGCCACAUCUACUCAAUUUUUGAGCACUUCCAGGGGUGGUGACUCCACCAUUUCCCUAGGGAACCUGUUCCAGUGCUUGACCACUUCUUCAGUGAAGAAAUUUUCCCUAAUAUCCAACCUGAACCUCCACUGCCACAACUUGAAGCCGUUUUCCUUUCCUAUUGCUAGUUGCUGGGAGAAAAAGCCGAUUCCCACAUGGGUAUAACCUUCUUUUAGAUUAUUGUAGAGAGCGACAAGGUUCUCCUGAGCCUCUUUUUCCCCACACUAAACUCACCCAGUUCCCUCAGCUGCUCCUCAUAUGACUCACUCUACAGACCCCUCCCCAGCUCCAUUUCCUUCUCUGGACACACUCCAGCCCCCUCAGUGUCCUUCUUGCUGUGAGCAAACAAAGCUGAGCACAAGAUUCCAGGGGUGGCCCCCCCAGUGCCCCAGCCCAGGGGGAUGGGCCCUGCCCUGCUCCUGCUGCCCACGCUGUUGCUGACACAAGCCUGGUGCCAUGGGCCUUCUUGGCCCCUGGGCACGCUCCAGCUCGUGUCCAGCCCCUGGAAACCAGCCCCUGCAGCUCCUUUCCCACUCAGCAGCGUUCCAGCCACGCUGUCCCAGCCUGGAGCUGCAGGGGCUGCUGUGACCCAAGGGCAGGGCCCAGCACUUGGCCUGGCUGAGCCUCACACAACCGGCCCUGGCCCAUGGAUCCAGCCUGUGCAGAUCCCUCUGCAGAGCCCCUGCCCUCCAGCAGCUCAGCACUCACACCCAGCUUGGCCUUGUCCUCAAACUGACUACAGGAGCUCUUGAUGCC